UUUCAUUGUUCUACUUUAUUUCUUUUCUUUUCUCUGUAUUUUGACUCGUGUCUGUAGUUUCUCUCUUCAUAAUAAAUUAUGCAGAUAAUAAUCAGUUGUCUCUGGAUUUCUAAAGAAUUCUAAGUGGUGUUUCGGCAAGAACACAACGAAGAAACAGUUAUUCGUUAGGUAUUUGAAAAAAGGUUUAAACAUAUAAUAAAGAAAGAAAGAAUGAAAGGAAGAGAAGGAAAGGAAUGUUAAUUUUUGUACAUUUCUUUUCUCAACUUUUCCACAUAUGAUGUACGUACGUAUAUGUAUACGUUAUGAAGUGCACGAUAAUGUACACUAAGGUCACAUAUAUUAUCGGUCGUUAUAUUAUUUUUGAGAAAUUCAUUGCUCGGCAAAGUAGAGGUAAGUGUGUGGAUAUCGAUGAUGAUAACGGCAAAAGUGGAAAUUUCAAGAACAAAGAGUUAAUUGAGUAUGUAAACGACGAGAGGGAUGAACGAAAAUACAAUAUUGAAAAGACGUUUUAACGUGGCAGUUAUCCGGUAUUGAAAUGUCUGUUGCGUGUAUGCACUGUCGCGAUCACAAUUUAUUGCUACACAUCGCGUUAAGGUACGUAAGUAGAUAUUUUUCUAUCAUCCACGGAGCAGAGAUAGUUUAUCUUGUUUCUUUCCUGCGACCGCGAUUAACGCGUAACUUGGCAAACCUAACUUGUUUUUUUUUUUUCUUUUACUUCUUCUUUCGAUAGCCUAUUAAUCUCCACACAAUUAUUCGAUAUCACUUCAAACGCAAUCUCACCGUAGAACAAAGAUAAAUCGUUCUACUCCCAUAUAAUCAGCGGCGAAAAGUUGGUCAAUAGUAAAGAAAAUUAGACACGUAAAUGUAUAAAAAUUGACGACAUCGUUAUCUAAUUGUAAGUUCGAAAGUAGGAGAGGACAAUAAACAGGAGGAAAGCUUUCCUUAUUCUUCUUUUCCCGAUCUGUCUUUCUUUCUUUCUUUAAUCUCUUUAAUCUCUUAAAAUUUUCGUAAAUUCACUAACAAUAUGAUUAGAUGCUAGCGCUGAACCGAGCAACGAGUUAAAUAAUUAGCUAAUAACAAGAAGUAACUGAAAGGUGUCCACGAACAGAAGUAGUACGAUAACGCCAGUUGAAGCAUUUUUCCUUCUUUUUGAUUACUAGCAUAGAAGGAAAAGAAAAGGAGAAAGGAUAAAGAAGGAAAAAGAAUAAACAUCGGGAAAAUGAAAAAUAUCGAUAAUUAGUAAAUAAUUCAAUGUAAAAAAUGAUGAUGAUGUUGUUGUUUAUUGGUAUGAGCAUCGUAAAAAAAGCAAGUAUAAUAUAGAUGAAAAAGAAAAAUAAGCGGAUGAUGCGCAAGGACAAGACGGGCAAGAACAUCAUUUAUCCUCUGCGCGAUAAAUCAUGCGUGCGUUCGAUCGAUCUUGUCCUUCGAUCUUUCAACUAGGAGGAUGUAUUGCCUUUUACAAAAAUCACGGGCAAAGGAAUCUUCCUCAUUCGGUAUCCGAUUACAUAUUCGUUUCGUCAGUCAUUAAAAGCAACAGGAUAUCUAGAGGUGGUAUGUUUUGAAAGAAUAAAAUAGGAAAAACAAACAGGAAAAGAAGAAGAAGAAGGAAAAAGAGAAAAUGAAUGGUAGAAUUAUCGAUAAUAGCCAGUGAUGGCCGACACUUAAAAUCGUAUCGGAUAUCGAAAGAGAGAGAGAGAGAGAGAGAAAGAAGUGGUGACUUUUGAAGGUCGUGAAAUCGGAGCCUAAAAAGAGUUAUCAGGCGAUAAUAUCGUAAUCUACUUGACCGUUCAUAAUCUAUUUCUAGUAUCGCGGUAGCAAGAGAAUAACGGGCGGCGACGACUCGCAAAUGAACGGGUCCAUCGCGCAAAACUAUAGAUGAACCAACACGAUCACCAUGAUCGAUCGGUUUCGAUCGGCGAGUUCGCGAAGAUCAAUGAUUUCCGAAUUGCUCGAAGCUGCUCAUCGCCAAAGUAAAAUCUAGAAAUCGAAGAAAGUGAACCGAUGAAAUUUGACAAUAAAAAAACGUUUGCCUUGUGUCUUGGUCACAGAUCUUUGCCAACAGUCGUCGUUGUUCGAAUACUUUGAGACGAAAAAGAAUGUCGAAGAAGCAAUGGAUGGUCCUGUUGAUGCUGUUCUUAACUUAUUUGCUAUUAGGUGCUUUCAUCUUCUACCAUAUCGAGAGUCGAUUAGAGAUCGAACGCGUGGAAAAGGCGAAGCGAGAACAGAUUGAGAUUAACGCUUUGCUACACGAACAUUACGUGCCCAGCGAUACUCACGAUUACGAUGAAAUUUUUGGAAAAUUGUCAGUCUAUUGCGGAAAAUCGGUUUCCAACUAUACCGAAGGUGAAACGGAUCCUCUUAAAUGGGAUUUCUACAACAGUUUUUAUUUCGCUUACACGGUCGUCAGUACAAUUGGUUACGGAAACUUGGCUCCAACGAACAUGCUUAGCCGUAUCCUGAUGAUAUUUUACGGACUAGUCGGCAUACCUAUCAAUGGAAUUUUAUUAACACAGUUGGGAGAAUUCUUUGGCCGUGUAUUUGUGAAAGCGCACGAAAAAUACAAAUCGUACAAACAGAGUCGCAACGAUUAUUACCCUAGAAAAUUAACAAGCUUCGAAACGCGUAAAGUGGGACUGGCUAUUCAGAUAUUCGUUCACUUAUUGCCUGGAUUCGUCAUGUUCAUCUUUUUCCCGGCAUUUCUCUUUUCUUAUUACGAGGGUUGGAGUUACGACGAAUCCGUUUAUUAUGCAUUCGUCACACUGACAACCAUCGGUUUUGGAGAUUACGUAGCAGGAAAGGACAACAGUAAAGGCAGUGGAAUUUUCUUUAUUCUGUAUAAAGCUUUCUUGAUUUGUUGGAUCUCUUUCGGAUUAGGAUACACCGUUAUGAUCAUGACUUUUAUCGCACGAGGAAUGCGUAGUAAAAAGAUCAUUAGGAUCGAGCAUAAAUUGGCAGUAAACUUGAAGCACACGCAAAGCAAAAUUUGGAACGAAUUAAACAAGGAAAUGAAUUAUUUGCGUCGCGUGUUUAACGAACUUCAGCUGUCGAAAGUGAAGAGGAUAUACGUCGACGAAUGUAAUUACGAAGUUCCGUUAUCAAAAUCUCCCAGAAGUAAUAGUUUCCCUGAUCUUCGGGAUUUACUGUACGGUAAGAAAGAUAAGGAGGACGGUAUUUGUCAGCGACCACGACGACGCGCCAACAGCGAAGUAGUACCAACGGAAGAUGAAAUAACGCGCGUCGUCUCGGAGACGGAUCUUCAAAGGAUCGACAAAACGGCUACGUUCGCGACUCAUGCGAUGGUUCAGCCGGCCGAAUUGCUUGCAAGAUUAGUGAAUAUUCUUGGUUACAUACCCCCCGCCGCGGAAGAUCCCAUCGGAGUUGCCGAUUGCUCUAAUCAGACAACUUUCGUUGAACAGAACAGCAAUACUGGUGUUGUUGGUCGUUAUAGCAAAAUCGAGGAUAACAACAGCGAGAAAGAACUGCUGUCAAGUUCCGGUGGACACGGAGGAACCUGGACGAUCGGACACGAUAAAAUUCCACGAUUUCUGAAACCUCGUUCGAGAGCAGUCAGCGAAGUUCGACUCAACGAGAAUAGAUAUCUGUCGGAUCGAAGCAACGAACGAACUUGGUCCGGUCCAACCGCUGCUAGAAAGAUGCAAGAAUUGAUGAAAACGGCUAAUUCGGAAAUGCCUAACGAAUCGUUCAACAAAGAUCGCAGCCAACUUAAAGAUGCCAAGUUUUCGAAAUUCCGCAGCUUCGCGUUAGCGAAAUCCGUUCCAAAAGCGUUCAUCUCAUCCGGCCCUUGCAAAAAUUGGUUCUCCACCAGUACCGAGAAAAAGACUUUCGAGUCUGAACGCGAGAUUAACAACAAAGACAUCGCGGCGACUCGUUCGUUCGUAUCGGGAUUAACGCGUUACGACGACAAACGGCGAGACUCGAAGAGUUCCGUCGUAUCGAAUUCGACCAGGCACUACUACACUCACACGGGUGCCGGUAACCCAAUCGAGUCGGAAGGUAGCAAUCUGCUCGAAGAGACCAGCGUGGCAGAUUUUUUUAGAGCCCUUACUAUUCUUCACGCGAGUGUCGCUACCACCGGUAGUUGGACCGCCUCUGCCACCGACAACGACGAUCAUCAUCUUCGUCGAAAUCAACCUCGACGAAAAAUGGGCACCGCUUCUUUGACACCGCCGAAACUUCCCAGUCUUUUCACCUUGUUUUCGCCCCCUCCUCAGCCAACGACAACGGCGACGGCGACGUUCCAAGAGACAAGCGUAAACGAUAACAACGUUUACGAUCGUGAAUCGAGAAGAAACAGUUUGACCUUCGUCAAGCCUACAGUCACGAAAUCAAGAAGGUUUUCUUUGAGACCGGUUGCGACACCCAUCAGUCCUCCGACACCUCCGAGAAACACCGGUUCGCCGUUCUUAUCGGGCUCACGACGAACAUCGUACGGAAAUAGAUCAACAACGUUUUCCUUCGAAUCGCCCAAGGAACCUCUAAUUACAACCGAACAAGCACCGGGCCUUUCGUCGCCGAUAAAAUCAUCCUUUAACGGGCGUCGUUUCUCCUUACGACCAACUCCGAAUCAACCUGGAAUUUCAACAGGAAAUGCCACCGCUGUCAUCGGUGUUAACACGGCAAAACCUUUACCCCGUUGGAAAGGUGGAAUGUUGCAACGCCAAAUCGGACAAAUGAAUCUUCGACGUCGAGCCAGAGCUUUUAGUCUUAGCGAUGUUCAGCCGUAUAAUCCAAAGGGCACAAGCGACCCAAUCCGUAAGAACGUCUUUAUGCACCAAGUCUCGAACGAUGGUAAACCUGUAGUAUCGAGAGUAACGAAUAUCGAGAGUAACGAUCCAUACGUACAGCCAUCAACAACGUUGAACACAAUUUCGGAUAAUACAAUUGAUCCUUCAAACGAAUCUACUUCGUUCGCUACCGCUGACAAUAAAACAGUUGGAAAUAAUACGAUGAAAGAACAACUCGACAGUCACGCCUAUACCUCGUCGUUAGUAGAAGUGAAAGUUGAAAAUCCAGAGGUUAAGAAUACCGUUGAACGUUUCUUUCCUCGAAGCAAUAGCGAAAACGCAAGCGAAAAGAAAUCCUGAUAUUCGACGUUUCCUCGAAGCCACGAGGUAUCAUUUAUUAACAAAGAAACAACACUUUUUAUUAAAGAUGCGAUUUCUGAAAGAA